AUGCUGAAAAAACUGAAAAGAAGAGUCAAAACCUUAAUAACCAAGUCUUUAAAAAAACCUUGCAAGAGACGACCUUAUAAGCCCCAAACUCCAAUCCCAAGUCCAUCUCCAACACCACCUUCACAAUCUCCUUCUCCUCCUCCUCAAGCUCCAACCAUGCCACCAACUUUUCCAUCUCUCUUCCCUAAAGCACAAUCCACUGUCCUCCCAGAUCCAUCCCUUUUCUUCUCGCCUUCUCUUCUCUCCUCUCCAUUACCCACAAAUUCUUUCUUUCAAAACUUUACCCUUAAGAAUGGUGACCAGCCUGAAUAUAUCCAUCCGUAUCUCAUAAAAUCCUCUCUUUCUUCCCUUUCUCUCUCCUACCCAUCUCAGUUUCACAACUCUUCUUUCUUUUAUCAGGUUUUUGUCGCCGAUUUAACCAUCUCUGCAACAAAUAAAACUGACCCAAAUCCAGGAAAAAGUCAUGUUAUUUCUUCUUAUAGUGAUCUUAGCGUCACUUUGGAUAUGCCCUCUUCAAAGUUUCGAUUUUUUCUUGUUAGAGGAAGCCCUUUCUUGACUUGUUUGAUCACUGGCAAUACAGAAAUUUCCAUUUCAACAAUCCAUGCCAUUAUCUCAUUUUCUUCCAGUAAUUCACUCACCAAGUACACUGUCAAGCUUAACAACAAUCAAACAUGGCUCAUAUAUUCAUCUUCUCCCAUAAAUUUGAGUCACGGUCUUUCUUCGAUCACUUCUGAAGGGUUUUCAGGGAUUAUAAGGAUUGCUGUAUUGCCGGAUUCUGAUCCAAAAUAUGAGGCAAUUCUUGAUAGGUUCAGUUCUUGCUAUCCAGUGUCAGGUGAUGCAGCUUUCACUAAACCAUUUUGUUUAGAAUAUAAAUGGGAAAAGAAAGGUUGGGGUGAUUUGCUUAUGCUUGCACAUCCUUUACAUUUAAAGCUUUUAUCAAGUAAUCAUAGCGAUGUUACUGUUUUAGAUGAUUUUAAGUAUAAUAGUAUUGAUGGUGAACUUGUUGGUGUUGUUGGAGAUUCUUGGUUGUUGAGAUCUGAUCCUGUUUCAAUAACUUGGCAUUCAAUUAAGGGCAUCAGAGAACAAUCUUAUGGUGAAAUUGUUGAUGCACUUGUUAAGGAUGUUGGGGGGUUAGAUUCAUCGGCUAUAACAACAACAUCAUCUUAUUUUUAUGGUAAAUUGAUUGCAAGAGGAGCAAGGUUGGCUUUGAUAGCCGAGGAGGUGUGCUUUCUUGAUGUGAUUCCAACCGUAAGGAAGUUCUUGAAGGAAACAAUUGAGCCAUGGUUGGAAGGGACUUUUGGGGGGAAUGGUUUUUUAUAUGAUGAUAAAUGGGGUGGGAUUGUCACCAAACAAGGUCUAACAGAUUCGGGUGCUGAUUUUGGGUUUGGAAUUUAUAAUGAUCAUCACUAUCACCUGGGGUACUUUCUGUAUGGCAUUGCUGUUCUUGCAAAGGUUGAUCCAGCAUGGGGUAGGAAGUACAGGACACAAGCUUAUUCACUUAUGGCUGAUUUUAUGAACUUGGGAAGGCGAUCAAAUUCGAAUUAUACACGCUUGAGGUGCUUUGAUUUGUAUAAAUUGCAUUCUUGGGCUGGAGGGCUAACUGAAUUUGCUGAUGGGCGGAACCAGGAGAGUACAAGUGAAGCAGUGAAUGCAUACUAUUCAGCGGCUUUAAUGGGAUUAGCUUAUGGAGACACUCAUCUUGUAGCCACAGGAUCAUUGCUUGCUGCACUGGAAAUUCACGCAGCACAAACGUGGUGGCACGUAAAAGAGGAAGAUAAGUUGUACCCAGAAGAUUUCACUAAAGAGAAUAGGGUGGUGGGUGUUCUGUGGGCUAACAAGAGGGACAGUGGGCUCUGGUUUGCACCUCCUGACUGGAAAGAGUGUAGGCUCGGCAUUCAGUUACUGCCCUUGUUGCCUAUUAGCGAGGUUUUGUUCUCUGAUGUUGGAUUCACAAGAGAGCUAGUAAAUUGGACAUUACCAGCUUUGGCAAGAGGAGGAGUUGGAGAAGGAUGGAAGGGAUUUGUUUAUGCCUUAGAAGGCAUUUAUGACAAAGAAAGUGCUUUGGAGAAGAUUAAGAACUUGAAUGGUCAUGAUGAUGGCAACUCACUCACUAAUCUUUUGUGGUGGAUUCACAGCAGAGAUGAUGAAGAGGAAGUGGGGUGUGAAGGAGGUGGAAAAUUCUGCUGGUUUGGUCACUAUUGUCACUGA